AUGCCAGAAGAAUACACUCGGGGCCGCUCUCGUGGCCGUUUGCCAUCCUCGGAAUUUGAUCGGGCCCCAUCCUUGCAGCGUUCUUUGUCCCCUCGCUCAGAAUCGAGAUUCAACACCACACCCCGGAGGCGUUCUGUGGAGCGUGGUGCUGUUCGCCGCAAUGGUCACCGUUCCAGAAGCUGGUCGCGGUCACCGUCGCACAACAGAGCGCUAUCCCGUAGUCGAAGCCGAAGCCGAAGCUCAGCUCCCAGACGUUACAGAAAGAAAGACUUCAGUCGGACCCCGAGUCCCUCUGCCGAUGCUUCAAGAAGCUCAAAGAUAGUUAUUGAAAAGUUGACCAAAAAUGUUACCGAAUCACAUCUUCGGGAGAUAUUUGGUGGUUUUGGUGACAUACAAAGUCUUGAUCUCCCCAUGAAUAAAGCUUUCAUGACAAACAGGGGCACUGCAUACAUACUGUACCACGAUCCUGCGGAUGCAGAGGCAGCCAUCGCGCAUAUGCAUGAAGCUCAGCUAGAUGGUGCCACGUUGAAUGUGUCGAUUGUCCUUCCUAGGAGAGCUUUUUCUCGCUCACCACCACCAGUUCAACAUAGCAGAGCAAGCUUUGGCCGCCCAGGACAUGGCCGCGGACCCCCGUCGGAUAGUCGCGCUCCAAGGUCACCGCCACCGGCUAGGAAAUAUCGCCGUUCUCGGCAUAUGGAAAGACAUGACAUCUAUAGGCCUCGCUCUCUGUCGCGCUCCAGGUCGCCACGCCGCUCUCGAUCCCUUUCUUCAAAAUCCCGUUCAACUUCACCACCGCCAAGGCGGACACACUCGCGUAUGGACAGCUCCCAACGUCGCCGUCGCCGUAGCCCGAGCUACAGCAGCUAUGGCUAUAGCAGUCGCAGCGAUAGGGAACGGAGCGCGAGCCUAAGAAGAGACCAUCAUUAA